UACAAAUGGUUGUUUGAUCACAAUUAACCAUUCAUUUAUGCAUACAAUUGAAAAAGAACAGAGAAAAUAGAAGCAAAUAGAUUAAUAUAGUUUAUGAUGCAGAGAAAAGGAAGUUCUGAUGGCACAAUAACACAGGCCACACCCCUAUUAGAUGUUACCACUCAUCAUGAAGAGGAAGAAAACACAACUCCAUGGUGGAGCAAAAUCUUGGACUUGGAGGAAGCUAAGUGUCAACUACUUUUUUCACUGCCAAUGUUUCUCACUAACUUGUCCUAUUACUUGAUCACUUUGGUCUCUGUCAUGUUCGCUGGCCACCUUGGGGAGCUUCAGCUUGCAGGUGCUACUUUGGCAAAUUCAUGGUUUAGUGUCACUGGUUUGGCAGUUAUGGUUGGCUUGAGUGGGGCACUAGAAACACUUUGUGGACAAGGAUUUGGAGCAAAAGAAUACAAAAUGUUGGGAAUAUAUCUGCAAUCCUCUUGCAUCAUAUCUUUUGUUUUCUGUAUCAUCAUAGCCAUUAUUUGGUUCUAUACAGAACCAAUCCUUUUAUUGCUUCACCAAUCUCAUGAUAUUGCAAAAGAAGCUGGACUCUAUGUGAAGUAUCUUAUCCCUGGCAUAUUUGCAUAUGGCUUUUUGCAAAAUAUCUUGAGGUUUCUUCAAACACAAUCUGUUGUAACACCAUUGGUGAUCUUCUCAGUUAUUCCACUGUUGAUUCAUAUUCUUAUUGCAUAUGCCUUGAUAUACUGGACAGAUUUGAGUUUUAUAGGGGCUCCUAUAGCAGCUUCUAUCUCAUUAUGGAUUUCCAUACCAUUGUUGGCCAUGUAUAUCAACUAUGCAGAAAAGUUCAAGCAAACUUGGACAGGAUUUUCAGUUGAGUCAUUCCAUUACAUAUUUGUAGAGCUGAAACUGGCUUUGCUCUCUGCAGCAAUGGUAUGUUUGGAGUAUUGGGCUUUUGAGAUUAUGGUUUUGUUAGCUGGACUAAUGCCUGACCCAACAAUAACUACUUCAUUGAUUGCAGUAUGUGCAAACACAGAACUAAUUGCCUACCUGAUCACUUAUGGUCUUAGCGCAGCUGCAAGCACAAGGGUCUCCAAUGAAUUGGGAGCAGGGCACCCUGAUCGAGCUAAGAAUGCAAUGAGAGUCACCCUUUUGCUCUCUCUCUUCCUCGGUUUAUGUUUUGGUUUGGCACUUACAUUUGGUCAUAAUAUUUGGAUUCAAUUGUUUAGUGAUAGUGCUAAAAUUAAAGAAGAGUUUGCUUCAGUGACACCCUUACUUGUCAUUUCUAUACUACUAGAUGCUAUCCAAGGUGUUUUGUCAGGUGUGAUCAGAGGAUGUGGUUGGCAACACUUGGCUGCAUAUGUCAACUUAGCAACAUUUUAUGUUGUUGGUUUGCCAAUAUCAUGCCUUCUUGGAUUUAAUUUCAACAUGCAGGCUAAGGGUUUAUGGAUUGGACUAAUUUGUGGGCUGGUUUGUCAAACUGGGACUCUCUUGUUUUUGACCUCGCGUACUACCAAAUGGACUAAACUGAAUGUCUCUUUGGGCCAAGAUUAAGUCCAACAAUCUUCUAUUUAAGUUAACUCUCUUUUUGCUGCAUCAAUUUGGGCCCUAGGUUGUUGGGCCCUAGUCUCCUCAUAAUACCUAGUGUUUUUUGUUGCCCCUCAUAAUUGCCUAAAUUGAUUUAGAAUUGAGACGUCUAAGAAGAAUAACGACGUUCUAUUUUGAAUGAGAUAUCCAUCUCCUCGACC